GUAUGAGUGAGUAUUUCAUUUACCUGUAGCUCAGUAAACACAUGCACACUGAAUCAAGAUGUCGGAAGAACAGCUUCCAAAGACUAGAACAGUACUGAUAGCGAUUGACGGAAGUGAAUACUCUAAAUAUGCCUUUGACUGGUACUGCAAAUCCAUGCAUCAACCAACAGACCACGUGAUAAUGAUACAUUCUGUAGAAUUCCAUAACGUGAUUCAAACAACUCAGUGGUAUUACACGCCCUAUUCAUUUGACAAGGAUACCGUCAAUCAGUUGUUGGAGAACGAGGCGGCGACAAUCAAAAAUAAAUUGGAGCACUUUGCUGACAUGAUGCGACAGCACAAUAUAAAUGGUACUGUGAAAAGCAUUCACGCUAAUAAACCAGGAGAGGGCAUCGUCAGUGCUGCGAGAGAGAACAAUGCUGACGUCAUCAUCACUGGGUCACGUGGUACAGGUAAACUGAGAAGGACUUUCCUUGGUAGUGUCAGUGAUUAUGUAUUACAUCAUUCAGAUGUUCCCGUCAUCGUAUGUCGUCAUCCUGAUCAUCACCAUCACCAUGGAGACCAUAAUCAUGGUCAAAUUAAUGACAAAUAGGAAUUAUAGUAAAGCCAUAGAGAUUUAUAAUCAUACAUGAUUUUCUUCGAUGUUGUAUAAAACUUGAGUAUUUAGACAGACAUGCUUGUGAAUCAUGCACGCAGAAAGAUUUCCGUGCAUAAACAUACAUGCGACUUGAGAGCAAUUACAUAAUUAUAUAUAUAUAUAUUUUUUUUUUUUUUGCUCAUGAACAUGUUUCUCUGUUUUAAAUCUUAUUUAAUUUAUUAUUUUGGCUUUAAUAAUGUGCUGAAUAAAGUCUCAUUUUAUU